GUUCUAAUUCAGUUAUUUGCUGCCUUCUUUAAACAAAGCCAACUACAUAAAAUUAUUAAACUACCAAAUUAGUGAAAAUAAACAUGAUUAAGUUAAUCAUCACCUUUUGUACAUUUGUAUUGUUCACAUCUUAUAUAGUAAAUGCAAGUUCACCCAAAUCACCAAAAUGGGCUGUAACAAAACGUUAUGGCCACGAGCGUAAAACCGUCCUACAAUUUUACUUCCAUGACAUCGUAACAGGGGAGUCACCCACAGUUACGUUGAUCGCACAGCCUAUUGGAGCCAACCCCGCGGAGCUGGGUUUCGGCAGCUUGCUUAUGGCCGACGAUCCACUCACAAUAAGUCCGGACCGAAAAUCGAAACUUGUAGGUCGCGCGCAAGGUCUAUACGGGGGAGCCUCUCAAGAAGGUGUGAACUUGGUCAUGGGCUUGACCUAUGGUUUUGUAGAUGGUAUAUAUAAUGGGAGCACAUUGAUCAUUUUUGGUCGAAAUUCGAUCAUGAAUCCGGUGAGGGAGUUGCCGGUUAUCGGAGGGACUGGGUUUUUUCGAGGAGCUCGUGGAUAUGCUGUGGCACAAACAUAUGACUUCAAUCUUACUUCUUAUAAUGCUGUUGUGGGAUACAAUGUUACAGUUUUUCACCCUUAUUAGCAUGCAACUUUAGCAUUUGUCCUUGUAUCUUUUGUUUUGAUGAACUUUGAGAAAUAAUGAAGGAUUAUAUAUGCUAUAUUUUGUGAAUUCAUGUUGUAGUUGUGUUAACUUUGAAUUAUGUUUCGAGAAAUAAUGAA